AUGACCCGUCCCUUGAUCCCCCAAAAGUACUCUGCACGGGCCAUUGUUGCUUUUGGUAGUAUGCACAGACACAUUUGGUUCAAGGUUUCCUGCGUAGUCGUUACCCUGUGCUUUUUCUACCUCACCUCCAGUCUAUACUCGAGACCAACUUCUUUCCUGUCUCGGAGCAUAUGGGAACAUUCCAGUUAUAACGACACCGAUUUGAACAUCCAGCAUCUUACUCGUCGGCGAAAAAACCAACAGCAAACUCCGGAUCUCCUGUUACUUCUGGUGACGCGCGAUUCAGAUUCCUGGGGCACGCUUCCCAACGGCACACAUCGGUCUUUCACUUCGCUGUUGACCUUGCUUCACGAUGCUUCCAUCGAUUUCAGCCAGACUUCGCUCGCCAUCCUUACAUCGUCGCCAUCGGAAAUUGAUUUGUACUCUAGCCUGAGUUUGAACGAGCCUUUUUCGCGUGUCUCAUUAAUACUACAUCCUGGCUAUCUUAAUCCUGAGGAAGCGACCAACCGCGGUGAUCGACAUGAAAACUUGGCACAACAUAAGCGGCGCAGUGAACUUGCGAAGCUUCGCAAUUAUUUGAUGCUCAACGCUUUGGAACGAGAGAAACACAUUGUCUGGAUAGAUGCAGAUGUCUACAACUUCACUGACGGCGUCAUCCCGGCGAUGAUCCGGCAUACAACCGACCCCUCCGUGGGACUCAUCACGGUUCGCAAUCAUUUUGGCGAGAGCGAUGACAAUGACUAUGACCUCAACAGCUGGAGUGGCCCUCGAACAUCACCCAACGAGGAAGAAAAGGAACGUUUACUCGAGGAUUUGUCUAGCUGGGUCGGCUCACCCAGAGAAGGCAAUCAAAAUAUGGGGGAUCUUGUUAGGCAGCACCCGGAUGACAACGACAUGUUCCGACUAGAUGCUGUGGGUGGCACGCUUUUGUAUAUUCGAGCCAGUCUUGUACGGCAAGGCCUGUCGUUCGCCACGAGCUAUCUGGUCGGUACUUCUUGGGCUGGUGAGGGUUGGGAUGGUAUCGAGUCGGAAGGGUUAUGUGUUGCUGCUAGGCCGCUAGGUGCAGGAUGUUAUGGAAUGGGCGGACGUUGGGAUAGUCACCACUCCACGGGUUGA